AUGGAUUUCGACGACUUCCUGCGUGAGCCGUUUCCACGGCUGCUGGUACUUAGCGUCACGCUGGCACUUGCUGGGCUGACUUUCUGGGCCUUCGCAACCUAUCUCCAGGACGGUCUCCUCCCUUUGCGGGAUGAGAACGGCAAGGCCGUGGGAUUUAGCAUGCUCGGACAACUGUCCUUCGCGAUCCUUUGCCUGGGGACCCCUUUGCUGCAUUGCAUUGCCUUCGGCUGGGCGGGCCUUGUGACACGAAAGCAACCCGUCGGAUUCUACUGCGGUUUUCCGGCAUGCUUGGCUGUGCUAGCGCUGACAUGGGCAUCUGCUUUCUUGCUGCCACUGCAGCCGUUGCAGCAGCCCUUCGAAGGUCACCACCUGACGCCCAUCAGCUUCAGUCUUUGCGACCAUGCCUCCUGGACACUCCCUGGGCCCCUUCACUGGCGUGAUGGGGCCCUGACGCGCCGGGGGAAGCCCCUGGAGACCAUCCGGCUUCAACUAGACAGCUGCGGUGGCGGAGCGCAUAGUGCGGGCUGCCAUCUCUUCCUUCGACCGAUUCUCCGCUGUGACGGGCCUGGAUGCGCUGAGGACGAAAUUUGUGCCUGGGCCGUGGACAUGCAGCCGCCGACGCUGCCGAGCGACUGCGCUGGGGCCUGCGGGAGUGUGGUCACCCUCGAUGACGUGACCAGCUGCGGGGCGGAAUGUACCAAAGUGGAGACUGCCAUGCGGCCACACAUGGUGCUGGCAGCGCAGACGUUGGGUCUGCCAUAUCCCGCGCGUGCGCCUCUGAUACGGCUUUACACGCCAUCGACUGAGCUGGCUGCAGACAACAAGGUCUUUGUCUACGGCCAGCGGAUGUACUGGACGAGCGCAGUGAUGCUCACAUUCCCGGCGGUGAUCGUGGUCAUCACCGUGGUGGGCGACGCCCCGAAGGUUUUCGCAGCCAAGCUCAAAAGCGCGUCGAAAGACGUCGUCGGAAGAGGCAUGACAUCCUUCGAUGGCGAGACGGUUCGCAAGGCUAAGCUCGAACUGAAAGAGGUUAUUUCAAAGGGGUAUAUCUCGGUGCUCGACAGGUUCAACAAAGACAAUGUCUAUGCCUGCUCUAUGACCGCCAUUGGCAGUACGAGACACUCAGCAAGGUUUAUGGACUGCCUCAAUCACGCCCACUUUCCAGAUCCCGGCAAAACAACAUCGCAGAGAAAGACGGCUGUAGCAUCAAGUGCUGUUGUCACGCAAGCCACCGGCAACCGUCGUGACGAUGUGCCCCAUUGUCGCUUGAUCUACUUUGACGACAUCGGAAACGAUCUCUGCGCAGCGGGACUAGUGUCCACGCCGGAUGACGCACCUUUCGGCUUCACAUGGUACGGGGCAAUCCUCAGCUUCCAGGACUUCGUGAAGAACGUUGCCAAAACCCAAUCCGGAUUUCGUCUGCUCACCUUUGGUCAUGGCGAGCUUGAGCUUCGCAACGGACAGGCCGCUGCGGUAGCGGAGGAGCUAUCUACUUUGCUCCGCGACGAUCCGGAAUACGCGGUAAACCUGGUUGAAGAGGCUGAGCGUAAAGCCGAGCGUUCUCGCCAGGCGCAGGCCAAGUAUGCUCGCAUUUCCCUCCCGGACACGGGCAGAAAGGCACUUUUCGUGGUCGCGUGCAUGUGUAACAUAGCUUUCAACUUUGACGAUGCGAGAGGCAACUCCACGCCGGAUACUACUCCACACUGCUUGGCACUCAUCCACCUACAGGCGUGGGUCACAGGCCGACAUUGGCAGAGUAUCACGACGAGGUCUUGGAGCUAUCCGGAAGCGGAAAUUGGCCCUUGGGCGACGUCGUUCGCCAGUCGAAAGAACUGCAUCGGGGAGUACAAUCCUCCAAGACACCGCUUGAUCCUGCUGCUUAUCAUGCUGGGUAUGUUUGUGGCCAUGGCUCACAUUGGUGUUGAUGGCAGUGCCGCGGAGUCUCCGCCUGUGAUGAUGGUACUGGUGAAGAUGAUGAUGGUGAUUGUGAAGGCGAUGCGAUGGAUGUUGAGAUGA